AUGUCCAAAAUCACCAAAGCCACUGUUCGUGAAAACGUUCAAACCAUUAUUGAGUUUUCUCAAAAAACCAAGAAGAGAAAUUUCUUAGAAACUGUUGAAUUGCAAGUUGGUCUUAAGAACUAUGAUCCUCAAAGAGAUAAGCGUUUCUCUGGUACUCUUAAAUUACCACAAGUUCCAAGACCAAACAUGACCGUCUGUAUCUUUGGUGAUGCUUUCGAUGUCGAUAGAGCUAAAUCCUUAGGUGUUGAUGCCAUGUCUGUUGAUGAUUUGAAAAAAUUAAACAAAAAUAAAAAGCUAAUUAAAAAAUUAGCCAAAAAGUACAACGCUUUCAUUGCUUCCGAAGUUUUAAUUAAACAAGUUCCAAGAUUAUUAGGUCCCCAAUUAUCCAAAGCUGGUAAGUUCCCAACCCCGGUCUCUCAUAAUGAUGAUUUAAACAACAAAGUCAACGACGUUAAAUCCACCAUCAAAUUCCAAUUGAAAAAAGUUUUAUGUUUGGCUGUUGCCGUUGGUAAUGUUGAAAUGGACGAAGAAGUCUUGGUUAACCAAAUCAUGAUGGCUUGUAAUUUCUUAGUCUCUUUACUAAAAAAACAUUGGCAAAACGUUGGAUCCUUAGUUAUCAAAUCAACCAUGGGUCCAGCUCAAAGAAUUUAUUAA